UGAUAGAUAAUAUGCGCAACGAGAACAAAGAUCGCAAAUGGAGUGCUGUUGGUAUAAAAACGCUAACCAUUGUUAUAAUGGAAUUGAUUGCAGAACACAAAUUAACACAGAACAGAUCGCGAAAGGGUGCCACAGCAACAACAUUAAUACUUAAAACAGACGGAUAAACAGUAGAUACAGCGCCGGAUAAUCACAUCACAUCAUGGCAAAAGCAAUCACCAGUGUCUUUACAUUUGCUCUUGUAACAUUAAUCAGUCUCAAUUAUUGUGCCGCCUAUUCGGCGCUUGAAGACGCACGCAUUAUUGCAGAAUACAAACGUUAUUUGCGUACCACAAAUCAUGCUGCAGUAGCACGUACUUUGGUGCACAAAACCAACUGGGCGUCAGUGGGUAGCAUUUCGACGAAUGAUAAAAUCACUGACUAUCCAAUGGUAAACAUAAUCUCGGUGGAUGACAGCGCAUUGGAUGGUUCAUCUACAGGACGCAUACAUUUCUUGCUGACAGAUUUGGAUUUUACUGGCCCCGAUUGGAAGCAUGUUAAUAAAGUCACUUUUCUUUUCUCCGAUGAUCAAACUUUGAAUUGCAAAAAUCAUGGACAGGAUCCAAUGGAGCCGACAUGUGCACGUACCAUAAUUAGCGGAAAGGUUAAGGAGUUGGACAAAAAGGAUAAGGACUACAACGACUGGUUGCAGGCAUUCACAGUACGCCAUCCAGCUGCCAAGAAAUGGAUUAAAGCUCACAGCUUCUAUUUAUGCGAACUGGAAAUCGAAAAUAUUUUCGUUUUGGACUUCUAUGGUGGUCCGCAUAAUAUCGCUGUGAAGGAUUAUUAUAACGCGAAACCGAACUAACUCAUCCCCGGUAGUGAUAAAAUUCAACGACUGAGAAAUAAAAACAUGUUCAAUAUACCAUAGCUGGUGCUUUGUAAUUAAAUAUAAGCAGAAAUCAUGUAUUUUACAACAACUACAAACAUACACAUAUAAUAUAUAUUUUAUAAACUGUUAUUAACUGUUCCACAUUAACAUUCUUAUUCAAUUUUACAGUGAGACUGGUUUUAAAUAAAGAAUUAUAGCAGAAUAUCA